GCCAGUUUGUUCAGAGCAGACGAGGAUCUCCAAGAUCAGGUUCCCUCUCAGGAUAGACUAUUGUCAUAACUCAUAAGUUACAGGAUGAUGCCCUCGAAUGAAGAUCCCUUCUAUGUUGUGAAAGAGGAGAUUCAAAAAUCUAUCGACCAGUUGCAGUAUUCUUUUCACCAAUGGGAACGUAUUUCAUCUAAUGGUGAAAAUCAAAUACAACUCACGAAGGAGCUGCUUGCUAUGCUUCCACAAAUUGAGUGGCAGGUAGAAGAGUUGGACAAAGCAAUAUCUGUAGCAGCUGUAGAUACUAAACGUUUUGGUAUUGACGAAGCUGAACUUGAAAAACGAAGGAGAUGGACAAGCAAUGCUCGUGCACAGGUAAGUUCAGUAAAAAGAGCAGUGAAAGCUGGAAAGGAGUCUACUGGAACUAGUGCAGCUGGAAUGAGGCGAGAACUAAUGAGGCUGGCAGAUUCUCAGGAGACAGAAAGAUCCAACCAAUAUGCUGCCCACCAUAACGAUGAUUUCAUAACAUCAGAAUCAGAUAGACAGUUGCUUCUCAUAAAGCAACAGGAUGAGGAGUUGGACGAACUCAGUGCUAGUGUGGAGAGAAUUGGAGGUGUUGGACUCACCAUACAUGAAGAGCUCCUGGCACAGGACAAGAUUGUAGAGGAGUUGGGUAUGGAAAUGGACAGUACAUCAAACCGGCUUGAUUUUGUUCAGAAAAAGGUGGCAACAGUGAUGAAGAAGGCUGGUAUAAAAGGCCAGAUGAUGAUGAUACUCUUUUUGGUAGUUUUGUUCAUCAUUCUCUUUGUUUUGGUCUUCCUCACCUAGUCCGAAAUGCGAAAGAGGUCUGCCAUGAUCAUACAAGGGGAAGAUGUGCCUUUUGGACAGAAAUAUGGAACUCGUUGAGUACAGAUAUAUCAUGACAAUGUCAAGGUUUGUUCAUAAAAGCAUUUAUGGAAAUUGUGAAUCAAUUAAUCUGUCCUUUUCUCUUGUUAAGGUUUUUAGAAAGUUUCUUAGGCGGGAUUUGAUGUUGAUCAAAUGGGGCUUCAGAGAUAAACGAGUACGGAAGUUUAUAUUUUUCAAAUGGGGCUUCAUUUAUUA